GUCUUCUAAGUGAAUUGAAUUCCAGGCAUGCGAUCCUGUUGAGCGAAUCCAGACUUAUGCUUGCAGACAAACGGGUAAAUGUGGUAAACAUGAGAGGCUACUGGAUGUUCCCGAAGAAAUUGUCGAUAUCCUCAUAAACUGUUUGCUUGAUGGGUUUGGCUUGGGUCAUCCGGAGUUAUCUAUGACGGCCGACCAACUUAUCGCCCGUCCCCCUCGUUACUGGAAAGAGCUAGGGCCAAUAGAUGCGAUUCGCACAGCAGCUCUUGAGGAACGCAGAAAGGCUCGUGUUGAGUGGGGACCUCAAAUCCGUGGAGCCCUUGGAAAAGCCCUAGCAGAUGUCCGUGCGUAUGUUAUGAAACAGAACCGGCUUGUUCCUCCUCAGAAAAGAAAAGCUCUUGAGCCAUUGCUGGAAACGAAGCUGCAACCUCCACCUCGUCCACCGGAACAGUCCCAGCCUACAGCUUCUCUUCCCACUUCUUGA